AAAGUCCUGUGUAGUGUCCAAACGAGCCACGUGUCAAACAUGAGUGGUCAUCUUCAACAGUCACUACCCAUUUUAGAUUGGAUUACAGCGCUGUGGUGGUGUAAAGCUCCUCUCUUCUCUCGAAACAUGGCCUUAGCUCAACUCUCCGCCCCUCUUUCCCUCUCCACCCACGAUGUUUGUUCUUUUAGGUCAGUGAAGACCCUGUCCGUUUCUGGUCUACCCAAUUCGAGUUUUGGUCUACCCAGGAACGCCUUUGUCACUGGUUUUCCUCUGUUAAUAUGCAAAACUGUUCGCCCAACGACUCUUGCCACUAAAGCAACAUCUCUUUCCAUUAGAUGCGAGCAAAGCACCAAGGGCAGCAGUUUUGACGUUUGGCUUGGCCGGCUUGCUAUGGUAGGGUUUGCAGCAGCUAUUAGUGUUGAAAUUGCAACCGGCAAGGGACUUCUGGAGAAUUUCGGUCUCACGUCACCAUUGCCUACUGUGGCCUUGGCUGUUACAGCUUUAGUGGGUAUAUUAACAGCAGUGUUCAUAUUCCAAUCUGCCUCCAAAAGUUGAUCACUGUUUAGGCCAAUCUUGAUGAAUGUGAAAUACAAUGUUGAUGGUCACAUUUUUGUUAAUCAGUUUGCUUCUUUUACCCAAUGACAGGGCCAAUACUUUGAGAAUGUAUAUGUGAUUCCCCCAAUAUUUUUAUAUUUCACUUGCUUGGGAGUUUGUCAAUCUAUUAGAACUGGCUGAGCUGUUCGAUGGGUAUAUGUUGGGCCGAGGAAUUCUCGGUUAUCAAAAACAUAGUCGAGUGAUUGACUUGUAAAA